AUAAAUUUAUAUGGAUUGUGCUACUCGCUGUGACAGCCUCCACUUUCCCUAGUAUCUAGUCGGCCCAACAUCCCUGGGUUAUCACCUGCAUCACGCUCACUUAAUCUAUCCACAAAUCAACGGCUGCGAUGGCCCCAUCAUAAAUUAGUGGGUCCCAGAACAGGUUCCAUAAUAAUAACACGUACGAUGCAAAUGCAGGUUACAUUUUUGCCCUCCAGAUAUUACUCCUACUUUAUUAGACUCCACUACGCCACACUCUCUGCUUCCCGAAAAAUGGAUCCCACCUUCGCCGUCGGUUACCGCCACCGCCGUUCACCGUCGUCGGAUCGAUUCAUCAGCGUCUUCUAUCCUCCUUCUUCCGCAUCCACGGCCGACGUCUCCUCCUUCUCCUCUGCCGGCGGUGACGAGCUCAGCGAAGUCGACGUCUUCUACACCAGCGACUUCUCCGACGACUCCCGGGGCAGCCGGUCUGGCACCUCUGAACAUCUCUUCCGCCGCUCCGUCCACCAACUGGAGAAGUUUGGGAUCCUGGCCGCGCUACCGGAGGAUCGCCGGAAAACCGACGUCGUCGUCCAGAAACCCGCGCUCAGCUCCCCACCGACGACGUCGUUUUCGCGCGAUAUUCCUGCGAUUCCGAAGCCUCAUUUCCCGUCGGAGGCGAAGUUCUCUCAGUCGAUGCCGGUGCGGCGGUUCCAGCAGUCGGCGCCGAUGAACGUUCCGAUGAUGCCGAGGAAGGCGAGGAACAAGGAGGCGGCGUUCGUGGACGGCGGCGACGAGGCGGAGGAGGAGGAGGAGGUGCUGCCGCCGCAUGAGAUGGUGGCGCGUGUGUCGUUGAGGAAUCAGAAGACCACGUUUUCGGUGCUGGAGGGCGUCGGGCGGACGCUCAAGGGGAGAGAUCUACGGCAGGUCCGCAAUGCUGUGUGGCGCCAAACAGGAUUGUGGGCUUCUCCUGACAUUCUAAUAGGAGAAGUUAUUGCCCAAAUCAAAGAUCCUUUUCGAAAAACAUAAGUGAUAACGGAAUUGCCAUUUUCAAAAUCCAUUGAAGGUAUGUUACGAAGGUGAGAUGUGGGCCCAAAUUUAUUGGAUAUGGACAAGUGGGUUAGACUAAGUAGAUUUUUUUCAUUAAUUAAUUUUAAAUUUUAUACAUUACCAUGAUUAAAAGAUUGUAAGUGGACAAAGUACAAAGCUUAUUUUAUUUGCCCUCAAAAAAAAAAAAGCUUAUUUUAUUUAUAUAAUUCAUGUUAUAUCUAUUUUUGUAUGUAGUGCGAAAAUUGGAAUCAAAUUUUUUAGCUUUGGACAAGUGGGCAGGGUACAUUUUUUUUGCGUCAAUUUAAUUCAACUUUACAUAUUGACUUAAGAUAAAAUUAGUGUUGAAGUACUACUAUAUUUUUAAGUUGUGUGAGCAUUGAGCUAGAUUAUUGAACUUUGUACUAUUAAUUAAGAUUGUGAAUUAUACAUAUUAAUGAGAUUGCAUAAAUACAUUAUAGAUGAGAUCGAAUUAAUAAAUUUUGGAUGAGUAGUGAUGGAGGUCACCAGCUACAAAUAUAUAAGUAAUAAAAGAAAUCAGAAUACGGAGUAAUACUAAUACUAACUUAUGAAAAGAAAAAAGAUAUAUCAGAAUAUCAAUAAGCGUUAUUUAUGUAGCUCAUAAGGGAACAAAACCCAUCGCCAUUGUUAUAAUUCAUCAUUUCUCCGACAAAGAAAAUUUCUAAAUCAAAGAGCAAAACUUAAAACACUCAUAACUUAAAACUAUCUUUAUGCAGCAAAUCUGAGAAGGAAAACCCAAAUUAACAAUAAGCAUACUUAUUUCUGCUAAAAGAUUAUUUAAUCCAAUUGAUCUCAUCUAAUAUAUUCAAUUUUCUCAAAGGCCACACAAACAAAUUCGGAAAAAAAUCAAAAGAAUAUAUCAAAAAAUAAAAUCAGAUGUCUCACAUCUACAGCGCAGAGGCGUUCAAAAAAUUCAGCGUUUGAAUAAUUAAAAUCUAUUGAUCGGAACGAGCAUAAUCAAAUAUGCACGAGUGCACGAAAAAUAGAAAAUUAAAUAUCAAAAGCUAGAAAUGAACCGACUCUGUGAAGAAGUAGAUGCGAACGUGGAAUUCUCAAAAGGAAAACCCUAAAAAGAACGCCAAAAUAAACACACAAAGUCUCGCGGAUGUGUGUGUUCAUUGAAUUUGAUUUCGCGCAGCUAUGACUCAAAACGCUUCCAUUUAUGGUGUGGAAGGCGAUCUUAAGGGCUGCGCUUACAGCAAAAAAAUAAGAAGAAAAGAAAAUGAAACCAAAAUUAGUAAAGAAAUUGAAGAGUAUGAAAUUUGAACAACUGCGGAGGCA